CGACAAUCGCACAGACCGUUUGACAAAUUGAGUUUGUUCGUACGUUGGUUUAAGGAUUUUUAAGCGCACAGGAAUCGUGAUUGUGCCAGACAAGUGCUGAUUCAAUCGCACAUAAAGUGAAUUUCUGAUUGAAAAUUUGUGAAGUGAAUCGAUUGAAAGGGAAAUUUAAAUGUGAGCUUAAUGAGAAUGAUGAAUGGAAUAUCAAAUAAGAUUUUAAUUGUAUUGGCAAUAUUGAUUCGGUAUACAUCAACUGUGUCAACGAUGGAAAAUGGAACGGAUGAUGGCAUGAUGUUCGUCUCAAAUGAUUUACAAUGUUUGGCACAAAUGCCAGUUGGUGAUUUGAUGAAAAUACGAAAAGCAAUCAGGAUGAUGCAUGCGGUUUCUGAAUACGAUGCACAUCGUCUACCACAUUUAACUGCAAUCGAUAACCAAAACCAAAACCAAACUGACAGUCUAUUGCGUGAACUACCAGAAGCUGACACACGAAAUGCAUUUCAAUAUUUCUCUCGUUAUCCGAAUUCGACAAAUUUACCGAUGGCACAACGCUUUAUGAUGACCAGUCCGAUGCACAAAAAUCCACCAAACAAACAGCUCAUGCACAAAACAGGCUAUGGUUCAGAAUGGGAAGAGGAAAAACCAUCCAAGAUACAGAAAAUACUUCAUUUGAGCAUAACAGCGUUAACAUUUUUGGCAUUUGCUGGCUAUUUGCUGUGCAUGAUUGUGCAGGCAAUCAAAAGCAAAGGAACGACAUAUUUUCAUCAGACUUCUCUACCAAUCAUGUCAACUGGAACGGAAACAACGAAUCGUGUAACUGGCUUCCGACCGAAUCGAUUUGGACGGAAUAAAAGAGCCGCCGAACGAAUAAUGAAUGCUGAACCAGAUCCGCUUGACAUGUUCGAAGUACUUUUGGCCAUUUCCAAAGGCUACGUUCAAUUAAGCAAUCUUUCACAACCGCCAAUCUAAACGCAAUCUAAAUGCUAAAAUCGGAUUGACCCAAUGGAGUCAACUACUUACCGUGUUGGAUCAUACAUCUGAGUCGCAUUUCGUGGAAUUCGUCCCGAUUUAUGACCAUAUAAAGCGUAUUGAUUUUCUGUUAACGAUACAUC